GAUGUUGCAAUCCAAAACUACAUGUACAUGUAGCUAGUCAUUGUAGAAUAAAUAUAUGAUAUAUAUACACUCGAAUGUACUCGAUACCCAUUUUAUUCAUCCACCAAACAACCAUAUUAUUUACUAUUCGUACAAGUACUACCGUAGUUGAAGUCUUGUUCAAACUCUAAGACCUCUAACCCCACGGUCAAGUUUGAAAAACCAAAAAAAAAUAAAAAUAAAAAAAUAAAAUAAAAAACUCUCCCAUCUCGAGACAGUAAGCAACGAGUAGAAUGACAUGCCAAGAGAAUUCAAGUUCCUUUACUAAAACCAACAGCUUACUGGCUGUUGCCACGUUUCAUCACUACUUAACUUCAAACCUCCUCCAAAGUAUCCAAUCCCCAUUUUCUUUUUUGAAAAAAAUAAAAAAAAAAUUUAUCAUCUUUGCCAUUAAUUAUGUGUCGCACGAUUUAAUUUCACUUUCAUUUUCAGUUUUAGGGUACACAAACACAAUAGACUGAUAUACUCUACAUUUUUACCUGGGCUUUUUCCCUUUUUCUUUAAACCUCUAUUCUCUCUGUUUUGCUUUAAGCUGCAAUACCAGAACACUUGAACAAGAAGACGAAGAUUUUGCAAACUCAACUGAUUUUCAACUUCGCUUUUUACCUCAUUAACAAAUGAAAGGAGCUUGGACAAAUAGGAGCAAGAUAUGUAGGGAUGUAGGAAAAGAGAGGGAGAGUUCAGUGUACUUUUUCUGGAUUUCCUGGUAAUGGAGAUUGUUGCUCAUGCUUAGAAGGUCUUCUUUGCCUCUGCAAGAAUCAUGAAGAGGAUGGGGGGUCAUUUUUAUAUGAUUUAAUAUUAAUCCUGGAGCAUUUUGGAAGAAUAAACAGUGAAAGUUGUGUAGAUCCACGUCAAGAAUUGCUCUCAUGAGAAAUUGCUGCUAAAUAGACGCAUUGCAGAGAUGGCUGGCCGUGCCUCCCGCACAAUUUAUGUUGGUAAUCUUCCCCUGGAUGUAAAGGAAUGGGAGCUUGAAGAUCUAUUUUACAAGUAUGGUCGUAUCGUAGAUAUCGAAAUGAAGCUUCCGCCACGCCCUCCAGGCUAUUCAUUUGUGGAGUUUGAGGAUCCUAGGGAUGCUCAAGAAGCAAUUAGGGGUCGUGAUGGCUAUAACUUUGAUGGUUGUCUUCUGAGGGUUGAGUUGGCUCAUGGAGGUAGAGGCAGGUCCCCUGUUGGCCGACGUGGUGGUGGUGGUGGUGGGGGUGUAGGUGCAGGUGGUGGGGGUGGAGGUGGAGGUGGGCAGUUUGGUGCUUCUCGUCGUUCUGAGUUUCGAGUAAUUGUGCGUGGACUGCCACCUUCAGCUUCAUGGCAAGAUCUAAAGGACCAUAUGCGUAAGGCUGGGGAUGUCUGCUUUGCCCAAGUUUUCCGUGAUGGUGAAGGUAUGAUGGGAAUGGUUGACUACACUAAUUACGAGGACAUGCAAUAUGCUAUCCGGAAGCUAGAUGACACUGAAUUUCGUAAUCCUUUCUCAAAGUCUUACAUUCGGAUAAAAGCUUACGAGGGUAGUCCACAAAGGAGCAGAAGCAGGAGUAGAAGCAGGACCCCUAUCCGAGAUAGAAGCAGGACCCCUAUCCGAGAUAGAAGCAAGAGUGUAGGAAAGAGCCCAAGACCUGCUCCAAGAUCUAGGUCUGCAUCCCCUGCACAGCCAACUAGGUCAAAGUCUGCUUCUCCGCUCUAGACAAAUGCCUCAUAUUCAAGGGCCUGCAUUACUAUGGAUUAACUUUGGUGACUCUCAUCAGGAGAUGGGAAUAAGGGAUGGUGAAAAUCGCUCUACUUUGGCUUACCAUCUCAGAAAGUAAUGAACGUGUAGUAAUGUAGUUAUGAAGCAUUGUUGUGGCAAACGAUAUGUAGCUUUGAUUUGUACUUGGAUAUCAUGGUGACUUUGUUGCCAUGUAAUGUAGUUUAGGUAUCCUAGUUGCAUCGUAGGCAGGUCGUACGUGUUGUCGCUGACAACCUUUGCCUGCAUUAGAGAGCUAGCACUUCUAAUAUGCUAGGUUGUUGAACCUUGCCAUUGUACACAUGAGACUCGAAUUUAUGCCUUUGGGAAUUUGGACAAGUUUACAUUUUUACUUUGUUUUCUGAUUUAAA